AUGAGUACCAGAUACGAUCACCUGAACCCUUCCCUCGUCCAGAGAAGUAGCAUCAUCCUCCAGCCCCAUCUAAAGGACCAGGACCUGGAGAUCGUUGACCGUCUGAUCGAACCCCAAACGAUCGCGCACUUCCUCCAGUUUUGCGUCGAAGGACCGCUUCCCAACGGAAAAGAAACGCAACUCGCCCGACUCGCCGGCGAAGAAGUCCAGGUCGCAGUAGUCCCCCGCGAUGAUGGUCAACCGAUAAUCGAGCGUGUCAUGGAGCGGGUAGGCUCCAUGGAAGACGGCGAUCGGCUGUGCCUCGUGGGAAAGAACAUCCAAUCCAUCAAAUCUCGUCUGUGGGAAGGGAUGGUCCCACUCUGUGAAGAGCGAUGGCAGGAAAAGGGCCUCGAUCGUCCCGAGAACUUCGAAAUCGCCUCUCAGCAUUUGUCCGCAGUGCUGGCUGUAUUCCACUACCUGAACCAACCGCGGGUCAUACGCAAUCUGCGAGACACGUUCAACUUGAUCUGGGACCAUUGGGCGGAGCUAGAUACUGUGCUCAAUGAGGGGCGCGCUUCGCGGGGUGAGGAGCGCGUCAGCGUCGCUACCCUCUGGACAGAGUUCAUCGCCGCGCACUAUGAGACUGUCACGGAGCGCGCACACCGCUGGGUGAUACUUCAAGUUAAUGCGCUGCAGGCUCCGCUACUGCAAUCGUUGGCGUCGCAUCGUCCGACGAGAGAAGAUGUCGUCGAUCAUAUCCAAUGGAAUAUCACAGACAAUCUGCAAAUCCUGGCGGAGAUUGCAGCGGUCGCGGACUAUGGGAUCAUGCUGCCGAUGCAUGGCUACAAGGGGUACACUGCACCUCCACUGAGACCCAAUAUCCCACCAGAGCUGCAGUCGCCUGUAUUGACCGACCGCCAAAAGGCCUACACCACGCGGUUGAAACAAGUCAGUCGACAAAUCAUAUACCGACGAGUCGCAGAAGGAAGAAGUACGGGAAGUGGUGUCGCAUCGCCAGAAUCGCUCUGUCAGACGGGCUCUGACCAAACUGAGGCCCAGUGGCUGGUGCGGUUAGAAACCCGAGGCGAGCCGUUGUCGACGAUGCCCAAAGAACCAUGGAUCAUGCAAGAGCUGUAUAUGACUGAGAACUCCCCUAGUCAUUCAUCUCGGGGUCUCGCCAUUUAUAAGCUCACGUACCAGCAGUCCGAGGCCGAAUGGGCGGCUUUUGUGAAGAAAGUGGAGGCUCAUGUGUCGAAUUGGGGAAGAGGCCAGACAGGAAGUGGCCAACUCAAAGGGCAUCUGAAACUGCACUGGUUGGAUGGACAGGCCUUGAACGUCCCCGAGGGAGAUGUAGAAGCGGCGAAGCAGCAAUUCACGAGCGAUGCUUUAGCAUCAUUCGACCCGAAUGACCACGUGAACGACCGGGUAUUCCUCGUCGCCGACCACGCCAGUUUCGCCUCAUACAUGGGAGAUACCUACUCCGCCGCAACUGAUCUCUUGCUAGCUGGCGAUUUCACCGGCUUCGUCCUUGCCGUCGAUGCAGAUUAUGAUCCCGAAGAAGGAUGCGGGCGACCCAACGAAUCCCCCGGAUAUCACGGACAGAUGCGCAUUCUAGGCAGUCUCGUCUGGGGCGAUCUCUAUGGAAUGCUUUCAUCUCAGAGCGCAUUACUCGAGGACCUGUGGCCGCUUGUUCUUGACCACCCCAACCAGGUCUAUGUCGGUCCUACUGUUCCAAGGCAAAUCCAUGAUUGGAGAGCGCAUAACGGUGUGCGCAAUCUCCUUCUUCGACAGACGGUCGAAUACGUGCUGGCGAAGAUGAAUGGCACAGCUCCUCCCUUGCCGAUACCUUCGGCAUCGCAGCCUGAUACCAGCAGAGUAGCAGGGGAGGAUGAAAGGCCGACUGUCUCCGGCUCAGUACCGCAGAAUAAUACUCACGGAGCAGAUGACGACGAGAUCCCAUCCCCACCAGAGGGUAUACGAGGCCCAGAGGCGGAUUUCAUGAGGACGGUGAUGAUGCAGAGCUUCACGGCUUGGCUGCGGCAAAGAAAUCGGCCACAGGAGGCAAUCCUAGCUGAGGAGACUAUGCUAUCGGGCCCGAAUUCAGCCCCUGAUGUUGCGCGUGUUCGACAACGGAUUGAUGCGCUUGAGGCCGGAGAUGAGACGGAGACAACAAGGGCUCAGGACACGGAUGACGAUCCAUGUCCUAUGCAGUGAUUUGGUUUUGAGCGACCAUGACUGUUUUAAGCUAUACGUAGGGGAAGGAAUCCCAAUCUGGGAGAGUCAUGAGCCGUCGCGCUCCAUAUAUAAUUAAUCAACCGACUCG